AUGAUUGAAGACUGCGGUGGGAGUGGUGACAACAUGGCAGAUAGAAGGCAACUGUUUGUGGAGAUGAGUAAGUGCUCAGGGCCACAGCUCAAUGUGAUGUAUACCUGACUGUUUCACAUGCUGAAAAUAAAAAUGUCAAAUUCCUCUCUGUAACAGGUAAAAGUAAUGUCAUGAAGCUCAAGUCUGCUAUGUUUUUUACAGUAUUAUUUCUUAAUGAGCAGUCCUACACCUGCUUUGAGUAAAUGGAUAGAGUGAAUUUUAUCUGUAGAUCAAAACUAUUAAUUUAACUUAUCUAUUGUCAGUAUAAAUAAUGCCCUGAUGUGUUUUAAUGCUGUUAGUGUAUUGCUGUAUUUUUCUUAAAUGUCUUUUCAUGAAAUAAAGUUGUUUAAACUGAAUUGUUUAAGGCUAACACACGCUCUGCUUUCAAAGUGACAUAAUAUCUUGAAACUAGUAUUGACAUUUAUGAUGUUAUCUAAUAACCAGGGGCUCAAGAUUUGGACUCCAUACGGUUAUCGACAUACAGAACAGCCUGCAAACUCAGAUUUGUUCAGAAGAAAUGCAAUUGUGAGUAUGAUGUAAGAUUAACUGCAUUACUGUGUCUAAAAUCUUCCAAACAAGAUGUAUAGAGUCCCUCUCCCUGCUUUCACUCUAGUGCAUCUCGUGGACAUCUGGAAUGUCAUCGAGGCUUUCCGAGAAAAUGGCAUCAACACCAUGGACCUCAACGCUGAGCUUUCCGUGGCUCGUCUCGAAGUGGUACUGUCCACCAUUUUUUACCAGCUCAACAAGCGAAUGCCCACCACCCACCAGAUCAACGUGGAUCACUCCAUCAACCUGCUGCUCAACUUCCUGCUGGCAUCGUAUGACCCGUGAGUAACACAUCACACCACAGUCAGCGGCUGGUUGUGUACUUUCACACCUGAGGGUUUUGACGUGAGCCUGUGUUGUGUGAAAUGUGACUCUGAGGUGUCUGCUACGGCGGAGUGUUAAUACAAACUGUUUACCUUCAUAUUAUCACAGCAUGUUUUUGUAUGAGUAUAAUUAAGAAGCCAAGUUAAACAUAUUUAAGAUGAUGACUGCCAUGUUUCUUGACGGCUUCUUUUAAAGAUUCUGUGGCUGAAAUGUCAACUCUAUCUGCUCUUUUUAGGGAGGGCCAUGGCAAGUUAACCGUCUUUGUUGUGAAAAUGGUCCUAGGCACCAUCUGUGGUGGGAAAAUUCUGGAUAAAUUAAGAUGUAAGUAACACAACAGAUACUUUUUACACUUGUAAUUGUGACAAAUGAAACAUAAACAACACAUUUUACCUGUAAUAAAUCAGCUAAUAGUCUCUGUAAAGGUCAUCCAAGUAAUGUAGUGCAUUUUAAUUUUGAACGUACAAUCGUAGCUGUCUGUAUAAUCUCUGUCAACUCAGUUUAUUGUUUCUAAAAUAAGAAACAGUACUCAGUAGCUCUUUGUGACUGGAGCAACUCAUUAUUUGCCAUCUUAAGUUUAAUGUAUAAUGUACAUAAUCUGUGGGAGCAGUUGAACAGAAAAAAAGAGGCUGCGUUUCCACUUUAUUAUAACAGUUGAUUAGAAUAACUGCUCUCCUUUGAUUUGUUUUCACAAAUAAGUGGGAUAAUUGUAUUGUGUGGCGCUGUAAUUAGCCGACUGUGGUGGCAACUGAUAAUUAGUUUGACUCAUUUGCAUUGUUCCCAGAUAUUUUUUCACAGCUAUCAGAUUCUUCUGGAUUAUUGGUGCACUCACAGUUUGACCAGUUUCUGCGGGAGGCUCUCAAAUUACCCAUGGCGGUUUUCGAGGGACCUUCUUUUGGUUACACUGAACAAGCUGCAAGAAUGUGCUUUACACAGCAGGUGAGUACAGCGCGGCUUACGUAAGCGGUAGUGUAAGUUUUCCAGCACUGACGCGGUGGAUGAUUAUGAUCUCACUCUCCUCUGUGUUUAACGUUUACAGAAAAAGGUUUCCCUCAAUACAUUCCUCGAUACAUUGAUGUCAGACCCGCCCCCUCAGUGUCUGGUGUGGUUAUCGCUCAUGCAUCGGCUCGCCAACGUAGAAAACGGUAAGUGUAAUAUUUAUAAUAUAAAAAAAAAUAAGGGGAUGUUAAGUUCAGCUUUGCAUCACAAUCUUGAGUCAUCAUCCACACUUGGUUUGGUAGAGAGAUGCAAGAAAACACACACACCUCUAGUGAAGGGAGUGGGAGACGAUGACCCAUAGGGACCUCACACCUUGUGUACGAGUGUGUGUAUGUUUGUGACGCACUCAUCUUUGCUAGUUUGUUUCAUGCUAACACAUUGUCAGCAUUCUGACAUUGUACUGCUUUGGCCAAAAAUGUAAAACCACUGCACAUCUGUCCCUAAGAUAAUGGAUAUUAAUCCUCUGGUUUUUGCAAUGUGUUAGAUGUCUGGGUUUUACAAUAGCAGCUGUUUGUGUGUAUGUGUACAUCCAUUUUGUUUGUUUGUUUGUUUGUGCGCGUGUGUUUGUGUGUCUGACCCCUCCUCUCCUCCCCGCAGUCUUUCACCCGGUCGAGUGCUCCUACUGCCAUACUGAGAGUAUGAUGGGCUUCCGCUACCGCUGCCAGCAAUGUCAUAAUUACCAGCUCUGUCAGGACUGCUUCUGGAGGGGGCAUGCCAGCGGUUCCCAUAGCAACCAGCACCAAAUGAAGGAGUAUACGUCAUGGGUAAGGAGUGGAGAGGAGAGGAGAGGAAGGGGGAGGAUGGGAGCAGGCUAACGGAGGUGUGUCUUACCGUGGACCACUCAAUGAGGCUAUUUUUUGCUCUGAUUCACGCCAAUGUAGAGAUGAUGCUGAUUGUUCCAUGCAGGUGACAUUAUUCCUCAAGUGAUUCAUGCGGAUUUAAAAAAAAGAAAUUAGCGUCUCUGUGUUCUCAGAAUUGGCUCAUCACUUGUGUGUUUUUUUUUUUUUUUCCAGAAAUCUCCUGCCAAGAAGUUAUCCCAUGCCCUCAGUAAGUCACUGAGCUGUGCAUCCAGCAGAGAGCCUCUUCACCCCAUGUUCCCUGAAAUGCCAGACAAACCUCUGAACCUCGCUCACAUUGUGUCAGUUCAUCCUCUUGUUUUUUUUCCCUUUAUAAUACUGUAAAAGAGGAAUCGAAUUAUGUAGUCCUCUCUGACUUGUUAAAAUGUUCAAUUAUUUCCCUCAGCUGAUAAUUAUCUUGUUGCUGCCUCUGUGUCUGAAGUGAUUCUAGUCAAUCUCUUAGGUCAACUGAUCAAUGAGGCUUAAUUAUAGCCUUGGGAAUGACUGCAUCCUGCAACACAGCUGCUACCGUUUCCCAAUCUUCACUGAUGCUUUCUUUUAUAGAUAAUAAAACAAAGCCUAUGCUUAGCACAUGCACUGUAGUGCUCGAACGCUCUUAAUCAAGAAUAAUUGAAAAUAGAAAACAAACUAGGAAUAGGGUCUAAACCCUGCUCUAUGUGCAAAAAUAGCCUCUUAUGGUUAAAAGUUCUUCUGAUAAAUAAGAGGGUUUCAUAACCUUUAACAGCCUACGUUUGAAGCUUAUUGCAGCCAGUUUGUGGAGCUUUAAGUGGAUUUUUAAGUAUAUUAAUUCUUAAUUCUAAGCAAAUAAAAUAUCAUUUAGUCCAAACAUCUGAUGGGGACAAAACUAGGCUGCUUUAUCAUACUUAAAAUAACAAUUCUUUUAAGGUCAAUAGAAGAAGAAGAUAUAAGAAGUACUGAUAUGUUUGAUUCAGGCUACGUUUAGCUAAUGAUAAUGUCUAUAUACUUGAUGUUUUCUAUUUUUGGUACUUUUUAAUUUCCUUGAGGGAACCUAUCUAAUCUAAUCUAUGAUAUUUUCUUGUUAUCUACAUGAAGCAUAGCGCUUGAACUGAUGGGCAAAUUAUAACAAAUUUUCAUUCCUUUCUUCUUGUUCUGUACUUUCCUCAGAGAUACGUGGUGAGUUUGCUUUGAUUAUUUAACACAUGACAAGUUGCGUCUUUGUGCACUCGGUUAUGGGCUUCAAUCCUUCAUGCUCAUGUUGUGCUUGUUAUAAUCAGUGAAGUCAAAUCCCAAUCUGUCUUACAAACUGACAACAAUGACAGUCACUAUUGUCGAAACAUUUCAACAUGUGUUAUUUGUCAUUUCAAAUAUUCAUUUCUCCACUCAUUGCAUGUUCUUAUUAUUUACUCCACCUUUCAUAACCAAUCAUAUCUGACAUUUGUGCCACCCUGAUUAAUAAACAGCAGACCUACCACUAUGGAAAAUUAGCACCGAUCCAUACUGUUAGAAGAAUAGAGGACAGAGGAGUUCAUUGUCCUCUUUAUCAUGAACUAUCCUUCUCAGUUUUGAACUAAAAGAUAUUUCCUGUUUAGGCCACCGAGACCAGUGAACUUCACCAAUGACUACGCACUCUCCCACUCCAUGCCUACAUCAGGGAACCCUUACUCCACCAAAAAGUGAGUGAAAAGCCGCAACAAUAGAUGUCCUGGAUUUCACAGCAGAUCCUUUCAGUGUGCCAAACUCCCUAAAGGCCUCAUGCCCCGCAGACUCUGUGACCCACACCACCUUUUUUUUCCCCUUUCCUUUAUUUUCCGAGCGUGUGUGUGUGUGUGUUAGUGUGUAUGAAAACAUUUGUGUAUCACUAUACUGCUUGUCUUCUGUGUGUUUUUUUCUUACGCUGAAUGUAAAAAGUUUGCCUUACAGCAGGGAAAAUGAUGUUGAGAUAAGAAAGCCUCAGACUGGGGCUGCUCCACAUCUGUUGAAAGGUAAAGGGUAAGUGCCAUAGGUGUGCCGAUGAAAGAGCCUCUGUAGCUCAAAUGCAUGCCUGAACUAAUAUAGAUGAUAACCACAGAGCAUUAGGUAGAAUGCUAACCGCCUUCUGGAAACAAUAAGUGAAUCAGCUUUCUCCAGAGGGUUGUACUUCAUGUACUUUCAAGGACGCUGGGUUAGUGUGCAUCACAAAGAUGACCAGCAGUUCUGCUUGAGUGUUUGUUACAAGCUUUUCAUGGGUAAUACUAACUUUUUCUCAUAUAAACCUGUGAAAAUUUUGCCAUUAGUUAAAAAAAAAACAUAUCCUGACUCUUUAUCAUUUAUGUGAAAACUUUACCUGUUCUGACUGAAAGAAAACCUGCAGUUGCUGAGGAAAGCAAUAACUAAGGGGACAAUUGUCUAACUUGUUCUUAACUUGAGGUUGUUGAAUAUCUGAUGCAACAUAUAAUACAAACUGAAAAGAGUGAUAAGGUGCAAAUAUUAGUAUAAAUGCAAAAACUUCUUGAAAUACCUGGAUGGCUUUUAAAAAAUGUAGCUUUGAAAACAGAUUAAAUUUGUAAUGAGUCAUACAGUCGCUGCAAACCAACAUUAUAUGAAAUAUAGUAUCAAAGUGUUUUUUUCCCUUUUACUUUUGUGUAUAUUUUUUAUGAUUCACCUUCAAAAAUAUGUUUCUUUUCAUACCAAAUACUUAAAAACAAAAGUAAAGGACAAACUGAGAACAUAGCAAAGUCUACUGCUCAGGAGUAGGUUGAUAUUGUUAUUUUUGGAAACCUUCAGCUGUCAUCCAAAAUACUCUCUUUUUUGCUUAAUGCUACACGAAAAUAUCAAGGGAACAUUUAUCAGCAGAUCAGCUUGUUUAUGUUAUUUCAGCUCCGCUGUGGAGGCACUCCUGUUUGUGCAGCACUUGAGUUAAAAGAUUAAUCUCCCCAAGAGGCAUAAUUAAGUGUCUCGUAUCAUAUUAAAUCCCAUCAUAUUGUAUUGUUUCCUAUUCUCCAGUAUCAUAUUGCAUUGUAUUAUAUCCUCUCCUACUAGCUUGUGGCUACAUGUACACAGCAGUGGCCAUCAUCUUCACGCCAAAGAUAUGCUGUUUAGGGUGUUUCUUAAAAGGCUUUUGCUGCACAUUAGCUACUUGGUCAUUAACUUGCUGGAAAGAACCAAAAUACAAGUUUUUUUCUGGGAUGUAGUAUAAAUCUUGAAAAGAGUUCAAGUGAAGAAUACAGAAUAAACUUAUUAAAGCAGUUUAAGCUAGACUAACAAUUUUUAGUUGAGAUUUUUCUGGAUUUGCUUUUCUUUAUUGUUGCCGUUUUCAGCUAUUUCAUGGUCAGAGAUUAUUCUUUAUCAAUCCCCACAAAGGAAGUAGUAAUGGCUACUAUCAGACUAUGAGGUUGUAACACAAAGACUGCUGCGCUUUAAGUCUUGAGGAGUGGAUUUUUUGAUGAAGAAUAAUCAUUUGCAAUAGUUUUAAUAGUAGAACACUGACCGAUUGAUGCUUGCAGAAUAUAAAAGUGCAUGCAGCUUUUAGACUUUUAUUUCUGGGCAUGUUCUUAACCGUGCUCUUAGCCUUCAACGGCGGUGUCUUUCCCAAACAUAAUGCGGCCUUGUUUCUCUCUAGUCACCCAUGAAUGGCAGCUUUUCAGCUGCUCCCCCCCCUCCCUCCUCCUCCUCUUCUUUUGUUGCCUUCUAUCUUUUUUUUUUCUUUGUCCCUCUAUUGUCACCUGUGUAAUGUAAUGUUUUUAUGUUUUGUGAAACCCUGCACUGUUCCAGGUUGAACUACAACCUUGAUGUUGCUGAUAGACUUGCUGACGAACAUGCUCUGAUUGGCUUCUAUGUGAAUCUACUCCAAAACAACCCCAAAACAUGGUUAGUUGGUGUGGUGCUGUGUUUGCCAAACACCAGUGGAAAAUAUGUGCUCUGUUGAACUGCUACCUCACAGUCUUUACCCUAACCCAGCUUUAUUCGCAGUGUUUCACAGCACAAUCACUUCAUGCUCUGUUUCAACAAGACAAAAGUAAAAAUUGAAUUUCUUUUCAACUUGAAACUGCAUUUUCUAUUUCUGAUUCCUCAAAACACUUUGUGAACAUAUGUAAAAAAGGUUAAAAAGUCCUAUUCGUUACAUUAAAAUGAUGAAGCUUUGACUUCUUAAAGUUAACCAUUCAUUUUAGUGCAAAGUUAUUCUGUGCUUUAAAAAUAUAUACAGAAUAACUAUUACAGUCAGCUGUGAAUGCUUUUUAUUUAUUUACUUAUUAGGUCAUUAAAAAAUAGUUAAACACUUUUCAUAGUAUAAUUUUCUUAAAUGUUUGAGAACAGGAUGGGAUUGGGUUUAAAAGAGGAUUUACUUAUCUCAGUUCUCAGUUAUUUCUCCCAUAGCUUGAUUAGCAGGGUGCAAAUGUAGUAGUACCUUUGAACAACAGCCAAACAUGGGCUUUAUACAUAUACUUCAUGUUUUUUUGUUUGUUUUGUUUUUAAAUAAGAUAACCAAACCCAAAAGUAAUUUACUGUAAAUGGGACUAUAAUUGAUCAUUCUGUCUGAUGAGUCCAAAAAUAGCUGUGACCCUAAAAGGUUAAUCUGUAAAAAUCAAAGGGCAACCUCCAGUGCUGAAAAGUGAAGCCAAUAUAGAGGUACAAGAAAACGCAUUUUAUCAAAUAGGGCUGGCUGCUGAAGUCAAACAAUCCCCACUGCGUUCCAUAUUUUCACAUCCAGUUUUGGUCUGUGUUGCCUCUUUCCAUCUUUGUACACACUGUAUGGGCGUUGAUAUUUUCAAACACAAUAGUUAUGGUAUCUCAAAGGCUAGGAGCUACACUGGGAUUUGCAUAAUAAAGGGUAUGCCCAAGCUGAAGGAAAAGUGAUUGUAAUCCACGUUCAUUGUUCAUGUUAAACUGUACUGUAGGAUGUAAAAUUGUAGCAACAGAACUUCCUUCUGAAACCAGUGAAGUCUCCCCCUACUGGCCAUUAAAAAGAAUGCAAGCUUAAGGUCAUCCCCAUAGACUGUAUAUAAGAUAUAUAUAUAUAUAUAUAUAUAUAUUCUUAUAUACAGUCUAUGGUCAUCCCACAUUGACUUCCAUUUUUACAUUAAACUGUAAGUGUACAAAACUAAUAUGAGGACUAGUUUUAUAUUACAUGGCGCAUUUUCAAGUUGUUUUAAUUAUGUCACUUACAAGCAACACCAUAACAGGGUGUCAUUAUUUUGUCUGUGCAAUAAUUGGCUUGUGUGUGUUUUAGUGGGUGUGGUAUUUUAUGUACAAUAUUGUCUAUUCUGGAUGUUUUAGCACCUUAUCAGAGCAUCGAGUGUCUUCUUAUCCGAGUGCAGUUAACUGCUUUCAUGAUAUGUGUUCCUGUACAUGUAUAACCGCUAUAUUGUGUAGUAUCAUUGAUCAGACUGUGCAAAAGGCUUUUCAGUUACAAAGUAAAUAAACCCUCCGCCUGCCUUUAUAUAACAACUCAGCUGCAUUCUUGUUUUUGUGUUUUUAUAGCAGUAAAUAAGCAUUAUUUAAGCUUCUACAAUAAAACAUAUUAAGCUUUCUAACUCUGACUUUUGAACAACUAAACUUUGACGUGAUUUUCUCCUCUGUGUGCAUCUCUUUGUAGUAACUGUUUCAUGUUGUGACUCCCAUCUCUAUUUUCCUCUUUAACAGUUUGCUGAAGAGUAGUAACCAUCAAGAUGAAGAGCACAGUCUCAUCGCCCGCUAUGCUGCCAGACUGGCUGCUGAUGCUGCGGUGAGAUAUACUGUAUACAAGAUAUUAAAGCAUGCACUGUCAUAGCAUCUUUCAGUGAUGUCUGCUGCAAAAAGGCAGUCUGACAUACACUGUGGUCGGCCUUUGGGGAUUUCAGUCUCUGUCAUUUGAAGGGAUUUACAAGUAGUGAUAAUUUUUUCACCUGACAUGUACAACGUUUACGGUUAGAUCAAGUCUUGAUGUAUAUGUGGUUUAUCUGUUCUGUUUUGUUCUCAUCCUGUGAGAUAUGAAAUAAGGUGUAGAAUGACAUCAUCCUGAGUUAAAGCCAUGUCACGUGAUGUCUCCUGCUUGGAUUUACCGACAGGCUCAGCAGCACAGGGUCCCCACAGACCUCCCUUGCUCUCUGGAUGCCAACAAGCAGCAGAGGCAGCUCAUCGCUGAGCUCGAGAGCAAAAACAGGUUAGAGAGAGCCGCUUUGUUGAUAUUGUUCAGUUUGCUUUUGUUUGUCUAUUAUUUUUAAGCUACACAAUGCAAUAUGAAUGUAAAAACAAAACAUGAAUUUAAAUAGUGUCACAUAGACAAGUUAACAUCUGCAUUUUACAUGUUUAUAAUAACUGUAACUUUAUAAAUCCUGUAUAAAUAAUACACUCAUUAAAAUCAGGUUAUGCAGGGCCAGACAAGGUCAUUAAUUUAUAUGGCAUAUUGAGUAUACCUUGCAUGAUUGCUUAAAGAAUUGGUUAAAAAAAUUGCUCGGACAAAAAAAAUCCUUUUUCAAUUAAGCUCAGAGGAUAAGGGUCAUCAAUCAAACCGGGGGGAAGGGGCUAAAGUACAGGCCACAGUGAACAGGUACAUAGGUUUUGAUGCAACUAUAGCACAUACUUAAAACCAAUCAUUGUGUCUGGAGUGCAACUUCACUAUUUUGGUGCACUUGAAACCCUUUCGUAGUCAGUAAAGCAUAAAAAUUAUCACCAAAUCAGCAUCAAUGUCUAUCAAGUUGAGCUUCUGAAUAUGUAACUUUCAAAAGGUUUUUUUAAAAACUGCUCUGCUUUUAGCUUGUAUUCAUAUACGUCUUUGCCUGUUUCAGAGAAAUCUUGCAGGAGAUCCAGCGGUUGCGCCUCCAACAUGAGGAGGCCUCCCAGCCACCACCUGACAAGGCCCAGCAUAACCCAACCCUGCUGGCUGAGCUUCGACUUCUCAGGUAAGUCUACAUACUUAAAUCCUGCACCAACAAGCCAUUUUCUCCUCUCACUAAAAGGGAAUGUAGUAAAAUCCCCUGUUGCUAACCAGUCGAGUAAAUAGCAUAUGAUGAAUUAUAAAGAUGCUCAAUAGUUUUCUUUUAAAAGGGACAUUUUAGUAUCAUCACACUGUUUAAUUUGUUCCCUCUGCUAGGCAACGCAAAGAUGAGCUUGAACAAAGAAUGUCUACUCUGCAGGAGAGUCGCAGGGAACUCAUGGUGCAGCUGGAGCAGCUAAUGAUGCUUCUCAAGGUAUUACAGAUGUGUGUUGCAUCCAUUUCACUUCACAUUGCUCGUAGACAGUUAUGAUGCCUUCAUAAUUACAAGACAAAGACAUGAUCUGUGUCCCGUGGGGAGCCAUGACGUUCAGGAUUAGCUGUGUCUGCUGUCGCUUGUAUUUUUCACUCCUAAUUUUGAGACAGAAGGUAACAGUAUCACCAGAUAGAGCGUUUACAUGCAAAAUUAAGAAAAGCUGCAGAAAACAUGUGAGAAAUUACCGCAAAUGUUCGUAAGAGGGCGCACUUAUAUAGAAAAGCUCUUUUAGGCUAAUUUAACAUUUUUAUUUUAGGAUUAAUAUAUAAACAAAGUUGGUGUUUUUUUAAUUUUUAUACGUGCUACAGUUCUGUUCCCAUUUUGGAUGAUGAAAACCACCCCUUCAUAUAAAUAUUCCACAAAACAUGAUUCAUAAUACACCCUCGAUUAGCUAUGUUAUGCACAGGUAUUUCAUGCUGUCAGACAGCCGAUUUAAGAUGCUAAAUUUAGGAUUACGCCCUAUUGCACCUCAUAAGACAACAUGCCUACUCUCCUGUAAGACGGAUAACCUUUGGUGCGAGAAUAUCUUCUACAGCGAACAAGACAGGAGUUCCUCAAAGCCUACAUAAACUGCUUACCAUAGUGGCUUAAGUGUAGAGGAUAUCAAUCUAAUUAGCCAAAAGGGAUCAAUGUUAAUCCAUUAAACCUGCAUGAGGAUGCCACAUGCUUGUCACGUCCUGGGGAAAACGCUGAUUGAAUUCUUUUGAGAGGUACUUAUGAACCAUAAAACACUGUUGUUGUUUUUUUCAGCUGGAGGAGGAGAGAAAGGCAGCUGUAAGUGUGACACUGUGGAGAAAGAGAAAAGGCACUACAGCUUGAAUUGUAUGUUUGAAAAGGAUAACUUUGCAGCUGUCAGGGGAAAACUUUGUAUCUUUCAGAUGUUGGCUUAUUUUAGGAGAUGCCACAAUCUCUGUAAUUAUGUAGUUUUUCAAAAUAAUGAAGAUGCAUUGUAUUCACAUGACAGCGAUUUCUUUUGGUUUGGUUUGUGUAAAUUAUUGCGCUGUUUGUCAGAUGAAAUAUCUCUUUUUAAAUACUCUAUUUAUUAAACAGAUAUUUUCACAUAAUAUACUGCCAUGUCAUAGCAAAUGCAUCGUCCGCAUGGGUAAAAUUUCUAGCAUGUUUCCAAUGUUUGUUACUCACAAGCAUGCCGUGGUUUUCUUCUGGGACAAAUUUGCUUCUCUGUUGACUUCAAAAAAAUAUCUAACCGGGAUGUUUGUAGCUGUUUUUUGGAGUCUGAGUUCUUUGCUGUGUUUUGAGCUGAAAAUGAAAGGUCUUACUUGUUGCACAGCUGUUGGAGGAUUUGCUUUGAUGGGAAACCCUUUUAUCCAGAAUAUAUUUUCUGCUUCAGCUUGCUCUGUUAACAAUGCCAGCACAAGGGCACUUGUUAACGUUCGAGCUGUCUGUAUGUGUUGCAGACUCAGGGUCCCGGCUCUCCGCGCUCUUCCCCCAGCCACACCAUCAGCCGGCCGAUCCCCACACCAAUCCAGUCUAACUCUGCUGUCACAACCCCAACGCACACACCUCAGGACUCACUGAUGGGCGUGGGUGGAGACGUUCAGGAGGCCUUUGCUCAGGGUAACAUAGUUGUUUAAUUAAAGACAGAGUGCGCAAACUAUGCUUGGAAUUUAUGUUUAAUUCAAAGCUACUUUUUGGCACAUUUCGAAAGGUCCAAGACGAAAUUUGAGAAACGACUUGCUCAUUGCUGCCGACUCCAUCACCAACACAAUGUCAUCGCUGGUUAAAGAGCUCAAUUCAGGUGAAAAAAUGAAAGAAAAGCAUGUGUUUGCUCUCCUACUUUUGUACAUGAGAACUGCUUUAAGCUGUUUUUUUGUUCCACAGAAGGGGGCAGUGAGACUGAAAGCAUUGUGGAUUCAGACUUUGGACGUGGUGAUUUACUGGCCACAAACUCAUCAGACCCCCUCUUCACAUUCAAACCAAGGUACUUCUGUAAAAAACUGUAGGGAAUUGACUUCAACAUUUUCAUAUGGCCAAAAAUCUGGCUUUUACCCCUCUAGUUCUGCCGUUACUACAAAAAAGAAAAAAAUUAAAUCCUACAUUUCCAGUAGAAAAUUCUGUGAGGAUAUAAAAACUAAAGACAACAAAAACUUAAUUAUGAAAACAACAGGGAAAAGCAAAGCAAGCUCAGUUGGCAAAAAUCAAAUACAAGGAUGUUCUAAAAGAUAUGCUUCAAGUGAUGUAGACAUUGUUAUAAUGUCAGGAAACAGUUUUUAUGCUUUUUGGAUGUUACAAACUGAGCCCUGAGUGAAUCUCAGCUUUCAAUAUAAACUCAGGUGAAGCAGCUUACUUUAUAUAAAUAUAUAUUUAGGAAUGUUGGAGAAAGCUACGAGAAAGAAUCUAAGUGGGCCUUGCUGGAGAGAUUCUCAGGUCAUAAUAGGAAAUGCGUCUGUGGCCUUGCUACAAAAAUUCUUUUAAACCUCAGUCUCAGCCAGUCAUCUUAUUUUGGAUAAACAAGGGUACUUGGGUCUUGGUUUUAUCAUUGUAUCAUUGCAGUUGGGCAAGAAUCUCAAAUUUUACAUAUUUCAACUGUUAAAAUUACAGUUCUUAAUGUAGUGUUGAUUAUUUUCUCUCUCUUGUUGUAAACUCUUGAACCCAUAUCUUUAAUUAUUAUUUAUUUAACUCGUUUUUUUAUUUCUUUAAUGCUAACUGCCAAGCUCCCUCAGAUUAAAUGUGUAAAAAUACAUCCCCAAAAUGUAUAUUGAGGAUUUAAAUUCAUAGAUAAUGACCAUGAUGAAACCUUGUCCUUUACAAGAGCUGGUAUGGCAAAGACUUCAUAUACAAGACUUUUACAUUUCUGUAAUCCCAUGAUUUAAGUGUAAUACUGUUCGAAGAGCUUAAAGGUCACAUUUGGUCACAGUACCUUCAGUUUUCAGUACCAACACUGAUUUUUCAUCCUAUUCGAAAAUGCCUGCUGUCUGUCCAAGGAGUUCCAGCGCCGCAGAGGAGAGCUUUGAGAAUGAUCUGGAGCAGCAGCUGGAGGACGAGCUCAAGCUGGAGGAGCUGAUGAAGCACAGACAGGAACCAGACAAAACGUGCAUGGUUAGUUCAAGUUUCCAUCAUAGCACUGAAGGAGAAGGAGAAUAUUGUGUAUUUAAACACUCGUCUGAUUCUAACAGGAUCUCUAUUUUGACUUUAUUUUUUUACUUAGGUGACUCUGCAGCAGUAG